AUGUCUUUAGCCCUUCAUCUCUCUUCACUUCUGCAUUUUGUUCUCUUUGCAUUGCUGUCAUCACUUAUAGGCAGAACAAACGGAAUUCCCCUAUCUGCCGAAGAUGCUAUAAUCCAUGCAAUACAACCAACCUGUACAACUCUUCAAGGCGGUUCGACGAGUUGCAACGUCGGCAUUAAUACUCUCCCAUCAUUGGUCUCCCUUGAUGGUGGCUACGAAUGGCUCACAGUCCAACCGACUACUAUAACAGAGUCUGGGAGCACACUCACAACCAACGAGGCAGUCUGGACAGCCGUCCAGACUUCGUAUCUGGACGUUGAAACCGUUACUACUACAGCGACCAACGGCGCUACAACAGUCUCAACAUCGACAGCAUACGUGUCCUUCAUUACAACCACGACAGCCGCUGCAGGAGCAGCUCCGACAGCGUUAAUUGCUGCUGCUAUAAUUGCUCCAGCAUUAAUUGCAACUCUACAACCAAUUGUAGAUAGCGCUGGUGGAAAGACAGUAGAAGCCAUUGGGUCUGAGAUUGUGUCAACAUUGGCCCAAUCAGGAGUCGUGCUUACAUUGGAUGAGGCAACCCAACUUGCAACAGUCAUACUCGCAGUUGGCGUUCUUAAUACAGCCGGGCCGGCAAUUCAUCUCUAUCAGAGCUUCCAGUUAACGCCAUACAUUGGAAAUGUCAAUGUCGCGCCCAACCCCCCUUUAGUAUCUGUAAGCACCACUUCCAGUGCUGUAGGAACCGUCACGGCAAUUGUCGACCCGCCAUACACAGACUAUCAAGAUUACCAAGUCGUCAUGACUGCAUCGGGGCCAACUCCCACGAGUGACGACUUUGCCCCCUUAGUAACAGCGCAAUGCAACCCAUCUAACGUGGGUGCAGAUGUUGAGGUUUUCGAGGCCCUUGCUAACAAAUUCUGUACCGGCCUGGAUCUAUCCAAAGACAGUAGUAGUACUUUACCAGGGAGUGCGUCCGGCUUACAAGGCGCAGACGGAAUUUCUGUACUGUUCAACUUCAGCCAAACGGCCGACACCUGCGCUCUCGGCUGCAACGCAAGCUACGCGCAAAUAGUCACAUCCUGCGAGUUCAAUAGUCAUACUAUUUACGGGGCGGCGAGUUUACAGGAUAGCUGCGGCAUAUUCGCAAUGUCAAUAUCAUCUUCUGCUCCUCUACCGCAGCCCACUCCAACACUAUCUCCUCCAGCGCUGCAAUCCCAGCAGUGUUACGGUACAAAUGAACUCGGAAGACACAGCGAUAUCGCUCCAUACGCGCAGGGUGAAUGGGCCAAAACCUUCUGCAGUAACUUCGAUCGAACUUUUACCUCGGGAACUGCUCCCGUGCUGUGGAACGCGGGAUCGAUAGAAUACAGGGAUGGCGUUUCGCCGUAUCAUUAUACAGUGAGCUGGAUUGAUAGGUGUAUGACAACGGCGACGCAGCAGAGUAUGAAACAACCACUCGGUCUAGGCAGUCCUAAUGUGAACUGUGUUAGUUUACUAACGGAGGAUUUUACGAACUGUAAUAAUGGUGGAGCUGGCG